UCAAAAGCGAUACUCUCUUUUUUUUGGCACAAAUCAAAAGCGAUGCUCUGCUCCUUUGGGAUAAUUUAAUCAAACAUUUGGCCUUUCUGUUUGGUCGUUUGCCCAAGCAUGCUAGUUAUACACAUACUCCCGGCCCUCACGGUCUUUGUUUCACCCGUGUCAAAGACUCGAGAGACAAUCGUAGAGCCAAGAGACAGCGGUGAGUGAGAAGGGGGGAUUUUACGGCGGCCAGCAUGGGGAACGAAAGCGUGGAAGAAGCUCUCCUGCACACGGAUGGCAGCGGCGGCCGCCUGGGGCUGGGAGUGGGCGAGGAAGUGAAGAAGCAGCUAUGGCUGGCGGGGCCGCUCAUCGCCGGCGCGCUGCUGCAGAACCUGAUCCAGAUGAUCUCCGUCAUGUACGUCGGCCACCUCGGCGAGCUCGCCCUCGCCGGCGCCUCCAUGGCCAGCUCCUUCGCCUCCGUCACCGGCUUCAGCCUCCUGCUUGGAAUGGCAAGUGCACUGGACACUCUGUGCGGGCAAGCAUUCGGAGCCAGGCAGUACCAUCUCCUGGGCAUCUACAAGCAACGAGCAAUGGUGAUCCUGACCCUGGUCAGCAUCCCGCUGGCCGUGGUCUGGUUCUACACGGGCGAGAUCCUGCUCCUGUUCGGGCAGGACCCCGACAUCGCCGCCGAGGCCGGCACCUUCGCCCGGUGGAUGCUCCCGAUGCUCUUCGCCUACGGGCUGUUGCAGUGCCACGUCCGCUUCCUGCAGACGCAGAACAUCGUGCUCCCGGUCAUGGCCAGCGCCGGCGCAACCGCGGCGUUCCACCUCCUCCUGUGCUGGCUGCUCGUCUACGCCGCCGGGAUGGGCAGCAAGGGCGCCGCCCUCAGCAACGCCAUCUCCUACUGGAUCAAUGUGGUCAUACUGGCCGUGUACGUCAGGGUGUCGGGUUCUUGCAGCAAGACGUGGACGGGGUUCUCCACGGAGGCAUUUCAUGAUGUGCUCAGCUUCUUCAGGCUCGCUGUUCCGUCUGCGCUCAUGGUCUGCUUGGAAAUGUGGUCCUUCGAGCUCAUAGUGCUCCUUUCAGGCCUCCUUCCCAAUCCAAAGCUGGAGACUUCCGUGCUAUCUAUCAGCCUCAACACUGCCGCCUUCGUGUGGAUGAUCCCCUUUGGCCUCGGCUCUGCCAUAAGCACCCGUGUCUCAAACGAGCUCGGUGCAGGGCGCCCCAACGCGGCGCGCCUUGCGGUGCGCAUCGUCGUCUUCUUGGCCAUCGCUGAAGGACUCAUCAUGGGGUUGGUGCUCGUCUGCGUGCGCUACGUGUGGGGGCAUGCCUACAGCAACGUGGAGGAAGUUGUGACUUACGUUGCUAAGAUGCUGCUGAUCAUCUCGGUGUCCAACUUCUUCGACGGUAUUCAGUGUGUCCUUUCAGGAGUGGCUAGAGGCUGUGGAUGGCAAAAGAUUGGUGCUUGGAUCAACCUUGGAGCCUACUACAUCGCUGGCGUCCCUUCGGCUUACCUCAUAGCCUUUGUCUUGCAUGUUGGCGGGAUGGGCCUUUGGUUUGGCAUCAUCUGUGGCCUGAUGGUGCAAGUCCUGCUGCUCAUGGCCAUCACCAUAUGCACAGACUGGGAUAAAGAGGCGGCAAAAGCGAAGAAUAGAGUCUUCAGUUCUUCUCUCCCGAUAGAUUUCGCUACGUGAACAGGAUGCAAUUUUGGCCUGUGAAGUGAACCAACUGGGAAACGAAGGUCAUGCCAUUAAUCUGGGUAGUCAAAUAAACAUUAAACCAGAGAGCAGAAUGGGCUACAUGUACGUACUGGAGCCUUCUUAUCAUGGGGUAGGGGUUGGUGGGUAUCACCUAUUGUUUUCCACCGCAAUUGUGAACCCUGGUCCCCUUGUGGAUAGCAAUUUUGUAAACCGGAAACUUGGGAAUGGCAUGAAUGGGGCAGAGGAGACAAGAAUUGAAAAGACAAAGACAUUUUAGUGGAUCUUUCGUAAAACUAGCUAAA